GACAACAUGAUUCCAUUUCUGACUUUCGAUGUUGGACAUUCACGUCUGGUUAACUUUUUAAAUAGAAGAAAUGAUAAUUACUCUCCAAAUGGGACCUACUGUUACAGCUCUGCACGAGGAAGUACUGUACUUCAAGGAGUGACAUUUGGUGGGGUCCCUACUGUCCUGCUGCUUGAUGUAACUUGCUUUUUGAUGUUGAUGUUGAUAUUUUCCUUUAUUAGAAGAAGAUUUUGGGAUUAUGGUCGCAUUGCAUUAGUAUCAGAAAGGGUUCAUGAAUUAUCCGAGUCGUCCUCCAUUAUUGAAGAACCUGAUUCUAAUGAGGGGUUUUGUUCUUGGAUGAUCUUUGCUUUUCGCAUGCAUGAUGAUGAGAUUUACGAAAAAUGUGGGCAUGAUGCCAUUACUUAUCUCGCCUUUCAGCGCCAUCUCAUCUGUCUCUUGAUUGUGGUCAGCAUGUUAUCUUUGUGCAUUAUACUUCCGGUAAAUCUGUCAGGUGACUUACUUGAUAAAGAUCCAUAUAGCUUUGGAAGAACAACUAUAGCAAACUUACGAACAGGGAAUAAUCUUCUCUGGCUGCAUUCAAUUUUUGCUGUGAUUUACUUGAUUUUGACAGCUAUCUUUAUGAAACAUCAUGCGGGUGCCAUUAGAUACAAAAAAGAAAGCAUAGUAAAGCGCACAUUGUUCAUAACUGGCCUUCCCAAAAAUGCCAGCCCAACAAUCAUCGAAAAUCACUUCAGAGAGGCAUAUCCAACUUGUACUGUGCAGGAGGUGCAGUUAUGUUACGAUGUAGCCAAACUCAUUUACCUGUCCAAUGAAAGAAAAAAGGCAGAGAAGAAUGUGGCUUAUUAUACCCAAGCAUUUGAGCGUCUUGGUAAAAGAUAUCGCAUACAUACAAAGCCAUGUGGUCAAUUCUGUUGCUGUGACAUCAGAGGAUGUGAAAGGGAAGAUGCUAUAGAUUACUAUACUGGUGUUACCCAAAAAUGUAUUGAAGAAUAUGUGAAAGAAGAAGAGCUAAUUUAUGAUAAGCCAUUGGGAAUGGCUUUUGUAACAUUCCAGAGGAUAACUAUGGCCUCACUCAUUCUUAAAGAUUUCAAUGCUUGUAAAUGCCAAGGCUUUAAGUGCAAAGGAGAACCUCAACCAUCAGCCUACAGCAAAGAUCUUCAAACUUCCAAAUGGAAUAUUGCAUAUGCUACAUAUCCUCAGGAUGUUUGUUGGAAUAAUCUCUCAGUUCAAGGACUGGAUUGGUGGAGUAGAUGGCUUUCUAUCAAUUUGCUCUUCUUUUUUGUCCUCUUUUUCUUGACAACCCCUUCCAUCAUUAUUACAACAAUGGACAAGUUCAAUGUAACCAAACCUAUUCAAUAUCUUAAUAAUCCUGUUAUUAGCCAGUUCUUCCCAACAGUCCUCUUGUGGUCCUUUUCAGCUUUGCUACCAACAGUCGUUUAUUAUUCAACACUGUUUGAAUCACACUGGACAAAGUCUAAUGAAAACAGAAUAAUGAUGCACAAGAUUUAUACAUUUUUGAUCUUCAUGGUGCUAAUCCUGCCUUCACUUGGUUUGACUAGUUUGGAUUUCUUCUUUCGCUGGGUGUUCGACAAAGCAUCUGAAUCUAGAAUUAGAUUAGAGUGUGUCUUUCUGCCUGAUCAGGGAGCUUUCUUUGUGAACUAUGUGAUUGCCUCGUCUUUUAUUGGCAAUGGCAUGGAACUAUUGCGUUUGCCAGGCCUUAUGCUGUACACCAUUCGCAUGAUGCUGGCCAAAUCUUCUGCUGAGAGAAAAAAUGUUAAGCAGCAACAAGCUUAUCAAUUUGAAUUUGGAGCAAUGUAUGCUGGGAUGUUAUGUGUAUUCACGGUCGUCAUGGCAUACAGCAUUACUUGUCCUAUUAUUGUCCCAUUCGGGUUAAUUUAUAUGUUGCUGAAACAUACAGUUGAUCGCCACAACCUCUAUUACGAAUUCCUUCCUACCAAACUAGAGAAGCAGAUUCAUAUCGGAGCUGUGAGUCAGGCACUAGCAGCUCCAAUCCUCUGCCUUUUUUGGCUGUUUUUUUUCUCGUUUUUGAGAUUAGGAUUUAAUGCACCUACGACAUUACUUACAUUCUUAGUUGUAUGUAUAACAAUUGUUGUUUGCAUAGGAUACACCUGCUUUCGCUUGUUCUGGUAUCUGACCCCCAUGAAUUAUAAGGAAGAAAAAUAUGUGUCCAGGGAUAGAGAAAAUAAAACUGAUUCCACAUCAGGUCCAAAAUCUUCUAUGUAUGUUCCGCAUGUUCUGCACUGCGUUGCUACUGAAAGAACUGUUUUAUCUUCUGUAGAGCAUAUGUCCUAUGGAGCUACAUCAGGAUCAGGCACAAUGCGGGAAGAUAUCCUCUGUGUCUCUUACGCUGAGGAGCCAGUUGCUGGAGAGAUGUGAAAAAUGUGUGUCUUGAUAUCAUGAACUAACGCAAGGUGGCACACUUAGCCCCGUUUCAAAAGAGCAGAUUUCACAAAUACGUUCUUAUGUUGCCGUCUUCUCUUUGAGAAGUAUUACCUCUUCAUUUAGAGGGCCAGAAUUUAUGAAGCUACAUUCAGGGAUUUUCACAAAGAUACUAUCUUGGAGUAGGUAAUUUUAAUAGGUAAUCACUUCUAUUGUGGCAUUGCUUACUGAAUAAGAAUGCUCAGAAAAGAAAUUUGAGCUUAUUUAAUUAUUUGCCUUUAUAGAAAUAUUUGUGGGCAAGUGCUAGAGCACUGGUUGCUAAAUGCUUGAGGGGAUAUGUCUGAAGGAACAUCUGUUUCUAUUAAAAAUGUAGAAAAAAACAGGUAAAUAAAAGCUGGGGAGUAUUCUGAAUUCUUGUAGUACCCCCAUAGCUUAUCAAGUUGGCAGCAUUUCUUCCUUGUAAGAGGAUUUUUCUAUAAAAGUAGAGAAAAUGUGCCAAAACCUAAAGGACUUGGGGAUGACAAACUACAUUUGGCCUAGAACUGUUACAUAUGGGAUUGCAUAAGUUAUUUUCUAUUCACAGUUUUAAGGGCCUCACACAAAGGAAGCUUACCUGUCAAACAAUAAAGGAUGUGAACAUUUUAUCAUUUUUAAUCUCUUAGGUUUAUUUUUUUAAGAAUCUUUAAAACUGCUAAAGUAUCACAAAUAUGUUACACUGUUUUUGAAUUAUGAAGUAGAUAACAUUUUGGCAAGAAGUAAUGUUAAAUUUAAGUGUAAUUAAGCAAUCACUUUCAAUAAAACACUGAAUUCAAAUAUACAUUU